UUCAAACGUGAAAAAAUGUGAUUGGCGGUCAGUUUUGGCAGCGAAAUGGACUUUGCAAGUGUUUUGUCCAGCGUAUUCGGUGGUGAAUGUCCGAUAUCGUCCGAUUCCUUCGAGGAAGACGAUUCCUCUUUGUUGUCUGGGUAUCUGGUGGAAAUUGGCGAGUGGUUGGAGGAAAAGCUUCAGAGCCAUACAUUUGAAGAGGAGGAAGACAUAGGUUCGGAUGGGAUAACGGGACGGCUCGGUCCUAAACGGACCGUAUUCGAUGCCACCGAGGAUGGAUCUAUUUUGGUGUCCAAGGACAAAUUGACGCUGCAAUCGCAGAAUGCUUUUUCCACGGUAAAAGCUAACUGCUGUGUUUAUUCCGGACGGUGGAUGUACGAGGUUCAGCUUCGGUCUAAAGGAGUGAUGCAAAUUGGAUGGUGCUCGGCACAUUGUAAGUUUACGCAGGACACGGGAGUUGGAGAUACGAGAUACAGCUAUGGCCUAGACGGAAGUAAGCAACGAAUAUGGCAUGUUUACACGCAGAAAUAUGGACCGUUUUGGAGAUCCGGUGACAUAUUCGGUGUGUGCGUUGACAUGGACGAGGGACGAAUCGAGUACUACCGGAAUGGUGCUGCUUUGGGGGAAGCUUUCAAGGAUAUUGAAAGAGGCCCUGGAUUGGCUCUGUAUCCUGCCGUUUCUCUGGCUUUCAACGAUAGUCUCACUGCCAAUUUCGGAGGAUCUCCACUGAAGCAUCCCGUUGAGGGAUAUCGAUGUUUGCAGAAUCCACCAAACAUUUGUCUAUUCCAAGCAGAUUGUCUUCUCAAAUAUAUCGUAAACCUCUCAGGGGCCAUCUCUCGCCACACCCGCUGCGACCAGGACUCUCCCACCUCAAACAAUGCAUUCCUAUCAUUUGAAUCAAUCUACAUGCUCAUUGCAUCGACGCUGAUAGAAAAAAUAGCUCCCCUACUGGCCAAUUCCUACGUUGUCGAAGACAAGGUGUUCAAGUACAUGAAGGGCAUGUGCGUGUUGCGCAGCAACACCAAGAAUGAAUCUCCAAUCCAACCAGGAUCUCCGGAAAGCACCUUGGGAACAUUCCUCACCCUCUUGUGGACUUAUCUGGAACCGGAAGAGAUGAAACUAUUUCUCAAAAAAUUGCUCAACUUUCUCGCCAAUACCUACAAGGAAACGCCCGUCGAUUUGGAGUACGAAAAGCAACGAAAGAUAAUCGUCAUCCUUACAUGCAUCUGCAAUCACCCUCUGACGCGGAAAUAUCUGUUGGAAUUUAAGUUCUUCAAGAAAAAUUGCCUACCUUUGUUCCUGUAUACGAAGCCCCCGGAUGAAUCGACGUUGGAACAACUGCUGCCGGACGAUGCCAUUUGGACGGAGGGGCUGGGUGGGUCGAAGCAAGUCUACCUGGCCGCAUGCGAGAAGCUGAAGGCCCACACCAGCGUGCUGUAUACGCUGCAGAAGAACUUGAUUCACAUCUUGCUAAACAACCGCGACGGAGAGGACGGCUGUUCGCCCUCGAGUCGGAAGAUUUUUAUGGCCCGGCUGAGGAAGUUCGUCAUGGAUAACAAUGCGGAAAUGAGGGGUCUAUAUUCAUCAUCCACCCAACCGGCGAUUGGGUUGUCAUUCCUGUGCACACUGCUGGACGUUGCACGUACUCUUUGGAAUGAGGAGGUAUCGUCACCGUCGUUAGACACAAAUUCACCUCCCUCAAUCGAUUAUCGCUACUUCUACGACGGCACAUUCAAGUAUACCAACAUUGACCGCAUCGGUGGUGUGCUGUCCUAUCUGAAGAAACACUUCCGGCUGCAGUUGGUCGAGAAACUGGGUGAAGAUCACCCCAGCUUGGCAGCGGUCGAUCAGCAGUCCGAUUUGAGGAACGAAAUAGCCGCUUUCAAUGCCUUCCUGGACUCGGCGAUCUUCCUAGUAUCCGGAGGACCCAAUUCGACCUAUUCGUUGAUUUCGAGAGCUGCUUCCAACAGCGGAUCCGAGUUGCACCAUCAGGGAGGAGAAUCGUCAUUGGCUACAAACCAAACUGGUACCACCGGUGGACCCAUCAACAGCGGCAAUAUGGACGAACAACAGUCGAUCUGCGAACUGCUGGACUGUGCAGUGAUCUUCUACUACUCGGUGGCGCACAAAUACGUCAUAAUGAUUGCCGAUUUGAGGGACAAUAUUUGCCACCUGUCCGAUAUUCUGCUGGAAACGAAAACCAACUGUGAUGACGUGGUGCACAACUUAGAGGAACUGAAGCGGACGAAUGCCAGUGGCUUCAGCAAGGCCCACGAGGAGCUGAUGCAAGAACUGGACACACGUUUCGGACAGCGGAAAAGUAUCUUUGCGAAACGUUCCAUGGAGCUGGCCCGAAAGCAAGCUUGGUACCGUUCGGUGGCUCUCGGAUCGCACCGCCGAUCGCUACUCGGUUGGCUCAUGAGCAUAAUCUUCAAGACAUUGCAACGCUUCAGCGAACAACACGCCCUGUUCUCGUUUCUCCCGGAGACCUACAUCAACGUGGUACCAGUUCUACUGGAUACGAUUCUUGAUUUUAGCUACCACGAUACCGGCAUUCAGCACGAUCUUUCAGUCGAUAGCCAUCUAAUAAAUUCGGCUGCCGAUUUCCUGGCGCAACAUCUCGCCGAUGCGCGGGUCAUCCUAGCUUCCUGCAAGGACGCAUUGAUUCAAGCGCUAGGAUCGCUCACUUGUCACGAGGCGGGAAUACGCGCACUAGAACAAGCAUCUGCCAAAAGUCAGCAAGCUUUCGUGAGGGCCCUUCUCCGUCCUUACGAGAACCGAGCUUGGGGUCAGAGCAAUUGGCUGCUGUUACGGUUCUGGUUAGGAGAUGGAUUUGGCUACAGGGAAUCGCGACCACCAUGUGUAUGGCAAGCCGGAACCCAGCCAGGUCGGUCGCUUGGCCUGUAUCGAAGUCGAGCCAAAAACGGCUCCCACACCGGUCUGCUGCAUCUGAUUGCCCCAGCAUGCCCCUCGCGGCACUUUCAACGGAUGAUCAGCGAUAUCCUCAGCAAAGAUGAACCGUACUGUACGACGUUUUUGAAUUCGGUGCUAUCUCAGCUGAAUUGGGCCUUUUCCGAGUUUAUACACAUUUUGCAAGAUAUUCAAAAUGUGUCGCAACGUGACGAACAGCAGGUGAUCGAAACGAAGCAGUUGAAGAUUUGUUCGAUGUGCUUCGAGCUGACCGUGUCGCUGAUGCGGGCCCUGGAGAUGAUCUUGACCAUCACGCCAGGAUUGCUCCAGGAUGCGGCGAGGGCCAAUAGUGAAAUCAUUCUUGGGAGGAUCUGUCAGCUCGCUAUCCAGGUACUAUCCCGUGUGACGGUUCCCCCCGGUUGUUUCCAACACGUGAUGGAUCUCUGCUUGCCAGACUUGAGCAACGUGACUCACUUUGCCAUCAUCAGUGCUGCCAUCGGAAUCCUUCUGGCACUAAUGAAGAACGAACUCGCUGGCGAAGGAGCUGGAAGUAGCAGUACGACAAGCACAACAAGCGCCACCAGCAACGGUGGUGCAGAUAUUAGUGUAACGAAAAUUCCUCACAUCUCCAAGCACCUGCUGACGGACACAAGCUUCCACAUCACAAGCUUGGAGUUUGCGUUGGGUGAGAUCAAAACUCCGAUCGCCGCAAGCAGUCAGCAGGCACCGAGGGGAAAUUUCGAUCCGAAGAUGCGCGCCCACAUCGAUCCGCUGACCAAUGAGGUUCGGGUUCCAUCGCCCUUCCGGGCGAUCAUCGGCGUGAAGGAGAUCGUUCCGGAUCCACCGAUAAUUAAAUUCAAUAUGGCUGACUAUCCAAGUCAUGUCAGUCGCCAAGAAUUGGAUAAGGUUCGGCGUCUAAUCGAAAUCCUGCAGCUAAGACAAACGUUGCUAUCGGAAAUUACGGUCUUAUCCGAAGAUUCACUCUGUCCCAUUUGCUAUGCUAAACAGAACUCAGCCAUUUUCGAUCCUUGCCAGCAUCAGUCCUGCGAGAAUUGUAUCAUCCAACACUUGAUGAACAACAAACUGUGCUUCUACUGCAAAUUGUCCAUUUCCAAGGUUGUCCGUUCGGAUGGAGUUGUCAUCUACGAGAAUAGUAUCCCGCUCAAAGUACCAUCGUUACUGUCACAGACAACGGUCGGUUCAUCGCAGACGGAAGACGGUGGUCUGUCCGUCGAUGAAGGUGACGGACCCAGUGGAGGCGUUCGGCCGUAAAAUAUCUGCCUAAUCUUGCAUUUAUUGAUGUUAGGUAAGUUUUUUAAACUACACGUGUUUUGCUCCAUGACCUACACAUAUUUUUGAUAAUGAUUG